GAAUCCAAAAGAAAGAAGACAGAGCGUGCUCAGUUCUGAGAGACAGGCUGCUGGAGCACACAUGAGGGAUACACUCUCUCAAUCUUCUUCUUUUAUGAACACCCCAUGUGAAGAUAUGAGGAAAGAGAUGUUGUUAAUUUGACAAACCUGGCGUAAAGCUUCACUUUUGGACAGAUACUUACACAAGGAUGCACUAAGGAAACUGAACUUUUGAUACCAUGGCUCGAUUUUACAGCUGCUUUGGAAAUAAAAAUGAUUGUGACAUCAUGGCCUCAGGAUCUCCAGACGUCACAGCCACUAAUGAACCAUCAGAAGCUGCAGAAGAGUGUUCAGGGAAAAAGAAGUCCAAAUUUCAGACGUUCAAGAAUUUUUUCGUGAAGAAAAAGAGGAAGGAAAGUCUGUCUCCGUCGAGUGAGAGUGGAUUGAAGGCCAGUCAAUCGAGUGAUGAUGUUAAUGCUUCGGAGCAGAGUAUCAGCCAUGUUAACAGCGAUAAUGACCCAGGAUCCAAGAUCAACUUGGGAAACAAAGCCAUGUCACAUGACAGUGUCUUCGUCUCUGAUUCACCGUCUUCAGAGACUAAUGAGGGUCUGGGCACAUCACAGGACAGCAUUCAUGGAAAAGUGAAAUCCUUACAGCUGCAGCUGAAGCAGGCCAUUCGUCUGGGUUCUCCACCAGCACUGCUCUGUGGGAGGAAAGCAGAGGACGCUGGGGCACUUUCUGAAGAUGAUGGUCUUCCCUGCAGCCCGCCGGAGUACUCCAGCCUCCACACUGUACUGGCUACACCUGUUCACACGUCUGUGGAUUUGACCCAGAGUUCCCUGAGCAUGGAGGCAUCAGACAGUGAAGAUGAUCAGAUGUCUUAUGACGCGUCUUCGAGACCCUCGACCCCUCAAGCAUCUGUCCCAGUGGACUUCAGUCUUCCUGCCAGCUCUGUGUCCUGCUUAGACAGUUCAGCUGCCCGUCACCGCAUCGCUGUCAAAGCCAACGCUCGUGCCAAGAGAAAGCCUGCCAGCAGGCAAAUGCUGGACAAGAGAAGAGACCUGAGGGAAAAACUACUGCUCAGAGACACAGAGGACAAACUCCGGAUGGUUACAAGCAUUGAAGAACAUGAAUGUGAAGAUUUGCCAGGAGAGCAGGUUAGUGUUUCAGACCACGAAUCCUUUGCUUCUGAACAUGAGGAUGAGGAAAUGACUGACUCCGGCCAGUUUCAGAAAACCUCUCCAACGUCCUCCAUCUCAGCUGGAGACGACACUGAAGGAGAGGAACGUGAUCACGUCCCCGAAUCCGAGGUCCCACAAUCCUCUUGGGAGAUUCCUGUAACACUUGAGCUGCAAGCUGAUGACUUCCUGUUGGACACAGGAUGCGAGGUCGUUCCUGAGGAGCAGGGGUCACUGCUGGAGGAAGUGCUGAGCUCCCUGAAGAGCCCUCUUGCAUCAGGACUCACACUGGAGCAUGAGAACAUCAGUCUUCAGAGUGAGGUGGAAGACACAAAUAGCGAGAGCAUUGCUGCUCAGCUUGAAGAGGAAGACAUCAAAGAUCUCCUCAUUCCCUCCGAGCCUGUAGUGACCAUAAAUGAGCAAGCUCCACCACCCGACUCCCUCUCUGAAUCAUCUGUUGAUUCUGGAGAAAUCUCAGAGGAGACCACAGAGGAGGAGCUGCUGGAGUUCACCGGUGAGGAGUCUGUUGAACCAAGUCAUUCGCAAGUGCCUGAAGAAGAUAAGGGGAAACAAGUAGACAAAGCUGAGAGUGCCAGAGAAGAUGAAGAGCUGGUAGAAUCGCCAGUCGCUUUUAUAGUCAAUGUGAAAGAAAGUGAUGUUACUGAAGAUGAAGCUGAAUUGGAAAUGCAAGAUGGUGGAGUUGAUGGAGAGGAUGUAGAUAAUAGAGAUAGUGGAAAUGAUGGAGAUGGUGGAGAUGAUGAAGAUGACAAAUUGACAAAGGUUGAACCUGAGAAAAGUGAAGACUCUAUAAAUGAUGUUGAACCUCAAGAAGAUGAACUAAGUUCUCCAGAGCCUGAAAACCAUGAAGCUUCAGAUGAUGAAAGAGACUUAGUGGUGCUCAAUGUGGAGAACGUGCCUGAAUCUGAUCACACAGAUAGAGAUGAUGUCUGGAGGUCAACACAAACCAGUGAUGAGCCUGAAGCCUCUGACUCUUCACCUGUUGAGGUGCUUGUGUCUCCUCAGCAGGAAAGUCCAAUUCUCCAGGCUCAGUUUUCCAAUUCAUCAAUGUCUUCUCUAGAGAAGGAAGAGGAUCCUAAACCCAACAAGCUGGAAGAGUCUGGUGAGCCUCAGGGAAUGUCUUCAGAGGAAGCCGAGGUUGUUGUUUCUGAGCAGCAAGUCCUUGAGUUGCCUGUAAGCAUCGCUGAGGUUCGUCCACGGUUCACCAUCACUCCUGCAUGGCAGAGAUCACUGGCUUCACCAGAGUCACAGACUGAAGACACUAAUGUUCCAGCUCCACAAAUAACGCAACUCAUUGUUCCCAUCCUUGAAGAUCGACCCAAACCUGCCCGCACUCAGAGUUCCCCAACACUGCCAGUGCAGAAAGAAGUUGUUCCUGUGGAAGAAGAGAAGAACCCGGAGAACCCAUUUGGAGUGCGCUUGAGAAAGACACCAGUUCUGCACCGUUAUGGUUUGGAUGGAGAAGCAUCUCGCACCAGCGCUCAAACUGUAGAGUCUGCAGGAGCACAGGAGACACCAGAUCAAGAGCAGAACGACAGAAAGCCCGUCCUACUGAAAAAACCCGAACUGAUGUUUGAUACAGGGAUGUCAGCAAGGAAAGUGCCAGAGACAGUAGGCAGAAUAUCUGUUGGUAGUUCAGAGUCUCCCAGCUGGAUCUCUGUGGCUCGACAGAAGCAGAGAAACUUCAUGGAGAACUCUUCGCCAGAAAACUCUCCAGAGAAAGUACCAUCACAGGUUCAGGGGGAAGUUGGAAGACAGGAUUCAUCGCCCAGUUUAUCAGCUCCAGUCGUCAAAGAGCAGCUCACGCAGCCGUGUUCACCUUUACAAGUGUUCUGCUCACUUGAGCUCUCCAACACAUCCAUGGUGGAGAAGGAAAGUAAGAGGAUCAGUAACCCGUCCACUGCACCUCUGGCCCAGGAUGAACCGCCCUGGCUGGCCCUCGCUAAGAAGAAAGCCAAAGCAUGGAGUGAAAUGCCACAGAUCGUCCAAUAAAAGGCCAGCUAGCAUAUGGACUUCUUCUCAAUAUUUACAUACACAUAACCAAUAGACAUGAGCAGUAACAUGACACACUUAAAGGGGUAGUUCACCUAAAACUGAACAUUCUGUCAUCAUUUACUCACCCUUUACUUGAGUCUUUCUUUUGUUGAACACAAAAGAAGAUACUUUGAAAAAUGUUGAUUUUCAUAUGUUUUCCUACUAUGACAGUCAAUGGUUACAAGUUUUCUUCAAAAUAACUUCUUGUGAGCUCAACAGAAGAAAGAAGGUUGAAAUGGUUUGAAACCACUUGAGGAUGUGUCAAAUAGUGUCAAAAGUGUGUCAAAUAGUAUUGUGGGUGAACUAUUUCUUUAAGCCGUCUGGUGUCAUUUGUGUGUUUUGAUAUCACAAAGGACACAUUGUAUUUGUGUUAUGAUUUGGUUUGCAGCAAAAUACCUCCACAUUUUCGUUUCUUAAAGGAAAGGGUUUGAAAUGCUUUGAAGUGAGGACGGUCAGAAUGAAUGAUUUUUGCAAUGGAAUAAGAACCCGAUGAGCCGCCAUCAAAGCUGUGCUUUUAUUUACGACCGUGAGAGAAAAACCUUCACUGCUCUUUACUAAGUAACUCUGCUAUGUUAUGUUAUAGUCUUUCAAGUUAGUAACACAGUUAUCAUGAACGCAGCCGAAGGUGUCUUUGUAUUUAUUUAUCUCACUCUUGUAUGUUUUAUGUAUUUUUGUAUUUACGUGCACAGUUUUGUGACUUGUACAUAAAAAUGUGAAGUACAAUAAAAUCAGAUAAUAAACUGAA